AUAUUUACUCAUUUACCAUUUUGCAAAUGUAUAUAUAAAAUUGAACAGCAACAUAAAGAAAAAUAAGGUUGGGCCAGCAUGUAUCACAUUUCUUUAGGAUUUUUCUUUAAGAUUAUCCAGUAACAUAAUAACAAACCUAGCUAAACUUUCUUGAAAAAUAUCUCCACUGAGCAGGUUAUUGCUGUUUUAUUAUACUUAAUGUAUUAACAUGAAAAAUGUAUCUAUUUCCCAUUUCUUAUUAGAAAACGUUACGAGCCAUGUUGGUGUACACACCUUGUCAUGCAGUAGCAGAAAGGUCACGACUUCAACGUCUUCUCAGGCCAGUGGUUGAAACUAUAUUGGUCAAAUGUGCAGAUGCCAACAGUCGUACAAGCCAACUUUCUGUUUCUACACUGUUGGAAUUGUGCAAAGGCCAGUCAGGAGAGCUUGCUGUGAGCAGAGAAAUUCUUAAAUCAGCAUCCAUUGGAGUUGGAGGUAUUGACUAUGUCUUAAACUGUAUACUGGGUACCUCAACAGAAUCAACUAAUUGGCAGGCUUUGCUUGGUCGUCUGUGUCUCAUCGAUAGACUUUUACUGGAAUUUCCAGCUGAAUUCUACCCUCACAUUGUUUCUAAUAGUGAGGACCCAGUUGUUGAAACAGAACUUGUGCUAGAAAGAUACAAGAAGCUACUGUCACUUUUGAAUUUUGCACUGCAGUCUAUUGACAACUCCCAUUCAAUGGUUGGUAAAAUGUCCCGAAGAGUCUUCCUCAGUGCUGCCCGGAUGGUUGCAAGAGUUCCUCGUGUUUUUGUGAAACUUAUACACAUGCUGAGUGUAACCAGCUCAACCCAUUACACGCGUAUGCGGCGGCGCUUGAUAGCUAUAGCAGAGGAAAUGGACAUUCUUGAUGCCAUUCAAUCAGGUAUAGAGGAUGAACAAACUGUGGAUGGAAGACAUGAUCAUUUCAUAGAGCCUUCAGCUCCGCAUAAUUCACCAUAUACUACAGAAAACAACUCCCCGGUGAACACUGUGAAGUUAUCUGGAAAAGCAAGAAAAAGUGUGUUUAGUCCUGAUCAUGAUCCUAAAUCUGGUGUUGGAGCAAAUGAAAUGGGAGAGACAGUGCAAGAUAUUUCUUCUACAAGACUUGUGACUGCAGUGCCCUGUGAACAACCAAAGACAGCCAUUCAAGUACGUCCCAGGCCACUGAGUCAGUGUAUCAGUUCAUGUUCAUCAGUGACACCAUUAAAUCAUUCCCAGCUUUCCUUCCCAUUUUUGCCUUCCCCGUCAUCACCCUCAUCUUUGUCCUCAUCGUCUUCUUCAUCAAAUCCUUUAGCUGGACAAACGGCUAUUGAUGGUUCCAAACUACGACCUCAGGGUUUUGUUCCUAGCAAAUUUGCAUUGUCUUCCCCAAAAGUGCAGCGAAAGUUUUCUCUUCAGAUUCAAAACAACUGUCCUAAAGAUGUCACUGGAGGUAAAGAGACUGAAAAGCUGUCUCCAGUUUUUACCCAGGCACGGCCUCCUGCAUCCUGUCAGAUCCACAGACCAAAACCAUCGCGGCCAUGCCUAAAUGAAAUAGAGAAAUUUUCAGGUGACUUGAGCAGAAGCUGUAUGAUGCUUGAACUGAAAGAUCUUGAGCUUAGUGACCACUGUAGUAGCAACCCAGUUAUUCCAAGUGAUGAAACUGUAUUUACUCCUGUGGAGGAUACUUGUCGCCUCGAUACUUCAACAGAACUGAACUCUAGUAUGGAAGAUCUGCUUGAAGCAUCAAUGCCUACAUGUGAUAGUACUGUUACAUUUAAAUCUGAAGUUGCUGUGCUCUCUCCUGAGAGGACAGAGACUGACUGUACCUACAAUGAUGAUGUUAAUCAGAAUCAGAAGUGCAAAGAGAAAAUGGAAGCAGAGGAGGAGGAGGCAUUGGCUGUUGCCUUAGCUAUGUCAGCAUCCCAGGAUGCGCUCCCUGCUAUUCCUCAGCUGCAAGUUCAGAAUGGAGAGGAUGUCAUUCUCAUUCAGUUGGAUACACCAGAAACUCUACCUGGACAUACCAAAGCAAAGCUUGCUUACAGAGAGAGUGUAGAAUGGUUCAAAGGUCAACAAAUAGGCCUUGGGGCGUUUUCUUCAUGUUAUCAGGCACAAGAUGUGGGAACAGGAACAUUAAUGGCUGUGAAACAGGUGACCUACGUCAGGAACACAUCUACUGAGCAAGAAGAAGUGGUACAAACCUUACGCGAGGAAAUCCGGAUGAUGAGCCGCCUUAACCAUCCAAAUAUAAUUCGGAUGUUAGGUGCCACCUGUGAGAAGAGUAACUACAAUCUGUUUGUUGAAUGGAUGGCAGGUGAGAACAAUCAUUCUUUUUUAAAUCCACACAGUAUCUGUAGUUCUAUUUUCCUAGCUGGCAAAAUUCUAACUGCUACCUUUUAAACAUUGCUAUUGUUCUUCCAUUUGGAAAGAGUGGAAGCGUAAACAGCCAUAAGUCUAA